AAAUCCAAGAAAGAGGAAAAGAAUAGUCCAAGCAAAAAAAAGCUGGAGAGAGUUUAGGGGUCUCGGCUAUUUUUUUGGUCGGCUCUAUCUCAACGCCAAGAAGGAUUCUGGCGGCGAAACCGGAAGAGGAGAAUAAGCCGGACUGGCAGCAGCGACGCAGAGGAUUCUAGCAGCGAAGGGUAGAGCCAGUGCCGAAGGAGAAGGGUUACGGACGACGCACAAUUCUUCUGGUUUUGAGGCUGCAAAAUUCUGGAGGAAGGAAUCACUCACCGUUCCAGAAAUUGCUGGUUUGAGUCAGCCGCAAUCCCUCAUGUUCUUGACUUGUACUCUAUUUAAUUAUUUGAGUAUUGGCACAAUCCUUUGAUUUCUUUAUUGUUAAGAUGAACGCUUUAUUUCCUACUAUUUUACUAGUUUUCUAUUUCAGUAUGAGUAGCUAAAUUUUUAAGCGUGGAUUACGAUGAAGUUGCUAUGAUUUAGUAUAAAUUGUGAUUUUAGUUACGUCAAUUGAUUGAGUUUUAUCCAUUGUUCUUAUUUGCUUAAUUGAUUAUGUUAAUUUCUGGCCAACUUUAAUAUGAUUAAUUAAGUUAUUUGAGUGGAUUAAUAGAGUACAUGUCAUGCCUAUUAGUUUGAGCUCUUUUGGAUAAAAGAAUAGAUAAUUUAGUUGUCUUGUUAGGUUAUCUAUUUGGUUCUUAAAUCGGGUUUUCGUAGUUCUUUUGUGACUAAUGGAUUUUAACUAUUGAAUUAAUAAUUUCUAAUUGAUUAAUAGUUAAAAUACGUGACUUAUUCUGGACGCCAUACGGAAUAGUCAUAUUUUUUGUCUAGAACGAACCCUCAAUUUCAAUUGAUUAACUAAAUCACAAAUACUAAAAAUUAGUGACAUAUUCAUAAUUCUGGACUAUCUUUUCUUUUGCUAAAUUCUCAAUCGUUUUCCCGUUAGUUGUUAAAUCAUUUUAUUUUCAUUCAUUUAAAUUCCUUGCAUCCAUUUUAAUUUUAGAUUUACUUUUCAGUUUCAAAUCAAACAAAUUCAAAAUUCAUUUUUUUGUUAGAUUAUUUCAUUUUUAUUUUUAUUAAUAGUUUUCCAAUUACUUAGUUGCAUUUUCCCCGUGGAUUCGACCCUUACUUGAGCACUGUACUACCGCGAUUCGUGCACUUGCAAGGACUUAUAAAUUGUCUAUCAAUUUUUGGCGCCAUUGCCGGGGAAUUUGUUUAACUAGUUUUUGGAAAAUUAUUAAUUUAGUUUUAUUUUAGUUAGUUGUGUUUGUUUUUCUUUUUUUCGUUUUUUUGUUGUAUGCUUGGUCGCAGGUCACUUAAUGCAGAUUUGAUCCCGCUGAACGACCACGUAGACUUGAUUGGCAAAAGAAUAAAAAGGAGGCUCCAAUUUACUCAUAAUCCAAAAACGAGUGACGCGCAACUAAUGAAAGAGUUCGGGAGACCAACCGUAGGUGCCUCCCCGUCCUGCAUUGUACUGAGUGAGGCUGCCUGGAAUUAUGAUCUCAAGACGGUUCACUUUAACCAAUUUCCAUCUUUCCAUGGCCUUGCUUCUGAGGAUGCGCUGAUUUUUAUUCGAGAUUUCUAUGGCAUCAUCCAAAUUUUCCCUUUGCAAGGAGUGACUGAAGAGGAGCUGAGAAUGAGGUGUUUCCCAUACACUCUCAAAGAUGUUGUGAAGACAUGGUUUAUGUCUUUAACACCGGGCUCUCUGCGCACUUGGGCUGAUGUCUACAACAAAUUCAUCGGGAAGUACUAUUCGCAGUCUAGAACUUCAGAGUUAAGGAGAAAAAUUGCAAAUUUCACUCAAGCUGAAGGUGAACCAUUCCAUGAGGCGUGGGAGAGGUUUCAAAUGCUGCUCACUCAAUGUCCACACCACAGCUAUUCACUAGCGCUCCAGAAUCAGACAUUCUACGAUGGUUUGACACAAGGGAGCCAAGCUAUUGUUGACAACGCAGCUGGAGGAGCAAUGGGAGAGAAGACUGCAGAACAAACUUCAGGGCUUUUCGGGAUGUUGGGAGCCAAUUCACAAGAGAAGAGUGUGCGGGGCAAGACUCCAGGAAUUUAUGAAGUGGGAGUUGGGACAGAAUUAGCCAUCCAGAUAUCUGAGCUAUCCAAGCAAUUCGUAUCGUAUAUUAACCAAAAGCAAAAUGCAAAUUCGUAUAAUUACAAAGAAAUGUAAUUACAAUCUGAAUAGAUUUAUAGAUAACUUCUAGUAGAACUGCAUAACCCAAAGGCAAAACAACGUAAAGUAUAUCUUUUGCCACCAACACUUGGAGUUUCUAUCGGUCCAAAUAAAUCCAUGUGGAUUAGAUUUAGAGGACUUGUAGAAAGAUCUCCAGCAAUGGGUUUGAAGGAGUUCUUCACUUGUUUUCCUUUCUGGCAUGCACUGCACAAGUUCUCCUUCUUGUACACAAUGUUGGGCAGUCCAUCAACAAUGUGAUCCCUUGAUAGCUUGUUG